UACUCAUCUCUAACGUUUUUGCAGCGCAGUUAUUAUUAUUAUUAUUUUACAACAAAAUGCGAAGCCAGCGGUUUCUAUUUGUGGCCAUUUUGGCCUGCUUUCUGGUGACCAUAAAAUCCACGCCCAUAAGCGACAUAUCGGAUUCGGAUGAAUCAACUUCGGUGGAUGAGAAACCACAGAAAAAUCUAGACGAUGACAGUGAAUUCGAGGGGUUCCCCUUCAAGGACGACGAUGAAUCCCUGCAGGAUUCCUCCAAGGAGAUGGCUAUGCAGGAUCACGACUGGGAUGUCCUGAUAUUCACGCAACAAUGGCCGGUGACCACCUGCUAUCAUUGGCGCGAGGAUAAUCCCAACCAGGAGUGCACUCUGCCCCAAAAGAAAGAGUUCUGGACCAUCCACGGCAUCUGGCCCACGAAGCUCCACCAAUUAGGUCCCAAUUUCUGCAACAAUUCCGCCAGCUUCAGCCCGGACAAACUCAAUCCCAUUGAGGAUCGCCUGGAGACUUUUUGGCCGGAUUUGAAGGGGGUCGAUUCAACGGAAUGGCUGUGGAAACACGAGUGGCAGAAGCACGGAACCUGUGCCAUGCUUAUCGAGGAACUGGACAACGAACUCAAGUACUUCGAGCAAGGACUCACCUGGCGGGAGGAGUAUAUCAUGUCGAGGAUCCUGGACGCCUCCGACAUACAUCCCGAUUCGAAUAACACGGUGGCAGCCAUCAAUAAUGCCAUAGUCAAGGCGCUGGGCAAGAAUCCUUCGAUCCAUUGCCUUUACGAUGGCAAACACGGCAUCAGCUAUCUCUCGGAGAUUCGCAUUUGCUUCAGCAAAUCCCUGGAGCUCAUCGAUUGCGAUGGUGUCAAACAGGGCGAUGCCGUGCCCGUUGGCGUUCCCGGUGGCACCAUCAUCACCAAUUGCCAUAUCGGUAGCCUGGUUCACUAUCCCAGCUUGGUGCCACCGCUGCAAAGGAAAAGCAAUUGGAAGUUACCCCUCGUAAAUGUCUACAAAUUGCUGCAGUUCCUCAUGUGGUUCACCCUGUAAACAGGUGGCAACUUUUCACAACCCAAUUAUAUUGAGGCGCGCCUUAAGAGGUCUCCACUAUUGUUUGAUUCUUCCACUGACUUGGUGUACUGGAGAUUCGGAGCUUAACAAUCAUAAGCAAAACAACAUACGUUUUUAAUUAGCUACAAAUCUAGUAAAUUUAAAAAAAGGGGUCAUAUUUUAUAUUAUUAUUGCCUAAAAAUGUCUACCAAUUUACCUACUCCUAAUUCGAUGGUAUUAUUUGAAUUGUACAAAAUUGGAUACAAAAACCAUUUGAAACUAAGCUGUAUCACCCGAUAUCACACUUAUUACUUUAUAAGUUCACCUUUGUUUGCAUCAACUGUUUUUUCCUUUCAUUGUUUUAACAAAGUUGGCCACUUCUCUAUUUAAAGGUUAUAGGAUCGCACUUCGAUAAAAAAAAAGACAAGAUAUGUACUUGGAAAUACAUAUGAAUGUACUGUGAAUUUAAUUAAAUGAGUUAUCAAAAUGUAAA